CGCGCGGUCCCGGCGGGCGCGCUGGCUUCGGCCCCGGUGCGCGAGCCCGCGGCCGCCCGUCCCCAUCCCCGCGCUCCCGCGUCGUCUCGGGGGGAAACACCGAUUCUCUGCGAAUUUCCCGGCCAGGACGGGCUGGCGUGAGAGUCGGCAGGACUCGCGGCGCUUCCCCGGCGGGCGUCCCGACAUGGCUCUGCUGCUCCGCAACCUGCAGCGCGCGGUCCCCGUCCGGAGGGCGCCGCUCCGCCGCCGGCUGCAGCUGCUCAGGGCGGCCCUCGGGGUGCAGCGCUUCGACCUGGCGGUCGUCUGCGUGGACAACAGGACCAUUCGGCGCAUCAACGGCGUCUACAGGGCCCGGGACGCCCCGACCGACGUGCUGUCCUUCCCGUUCCACGAGAAUAUAAAAGCAGGGGAACUUCCCCAGCCUGAUACUCCAGAUGACUACAAUUUGGGAGACAUUUUCUUAGGAGUGGAGUAUAUCUUCCAGCAGUGCAAAGGAGAUGAGGACUACUUUGAUAUCCUCACUGUGACUGCCACCCAUGGGCUCUGUCAUCUGCUGGGCUUCACACACAGCACAGAGGCUGAAUGGCAGAAGAUGUUCCAGAAGGAGAAGCAGGUUCUCGAAGAGCUGAGCCGGCUCACCGGGACCAGGCUACAGCCCCUGAGCAGGGGCCUCUUCUGAGGGUGCUGGAGGCCCAGCACCCGGGUGGCACCCGGCGGAUUCUCUAUAGAGUCCAGAGACAGCAGGUGGAUGGCAGAUGGACCCUCCCCUUUCAGGCCCCCCAGGACCAGGGACUCCACCAAACGGAGAGCCCUGCUGGUCCCUGGUGCCCUGUGGGGCUCAGGAGCGACCCACACUUGGGGGCAAAAUGGCACGAGUGGAGCCUGACCGUUUCGUGAAAGUGUAAAAGACAUGUCCAUUCAUGACUUCGUUCAGAACCUAGCAAAUGUCAUUUCGCUGUUGCAGAUAAAGUAGUUCUAAGCCCUUAGGCUGCAGAGCUGGAGCACAGGGCCCUCAUCCCGAGGUUCUGCCUGUAGCCAGAGGCAUUUCUCUCUCCUGCCCCUACAGCCUGCUCCGGAGAAUGGAACAGGCAGCCCAGGAAGGAUGUGCCCCUCGCCCUCCUUCCUGCAAGACACCCAUUGGCUAUAGUCUCCACUUACCCCUUAAGAGCACUGUGACCUGGAGCCUUCGCUGGGUGCCUUUAUGAGGGGAGGCACAAGGCUGACCCUUAGCGGGGCUGCAAGCCCCUAGACCACCUCAGCCAGGUGACCCACAACCGACAUCUCCUGCCCAUCCUGGCUCCUGAGGUGGGUGCAGCCUACGUCCUCUUUCCCGUGGCACCGCUGUGGCCAGAGCUUCUGAGCCCCAGAUCCCCAUGUCCACACGGAGCUGAGUGUCUCCCAGCUCCGGGAGGCACCCUGAGCUUGACUGCUGCUUCCCAUCCUCUUCCCUGUUACUGUUUUCUGCCUUCUCUUCUGGUACAAUAAACCCAGAAGGCACCACA